AUGCAGUUGAACAUCGCUUACCCAGCCAACGGUACUCAGAAGAGUAUUGACAUCGAAGAUGAACACAAAUUGAGAGCUUUCUUCGAAAAAAGAAUGGGCCAAGAGGUCGAGGGAGAUGCCGUGAGCGAUGAGUUCAAGGGCUACGUCUUCAAGAUCACUGGUGGUAACGACAAGCAAGGUUUCCCAAUGAAGCAAGGUGUGAUGAUCCCAAACAGAGUUAAAUUGUUCUUGACCAAGGAUGUCUCCUGUUACAGACCAAGAAGAACCGGAGAGAGAAAGAGAAAGUCUGUCAGAGGCUGUAUUGUUGGUAACGACCUUGCUGUCUUGUCCCUUGUUGUUGUUAAGCAGGGUGAGCAAGAGAUCGAGGGUUUGACCGAUGCUCAGGUUCCAAAGAGAUUGGGUCCUAAGAGAGCCAACCACAUCAGAAAGUUCUACGGUUUGACCAAGGAGGAUGAUGUCAGACAGUUCGUCGUUAGAAGAGAGGUUGUUAAGGGUGAGAAGAAGUACACCAAGGCUCCAAAGAUCCAGAGAUUGGUUACUCCUCAAAGACUCCAGAGAAAGAGAGCUGUCAAGGCUUUGAAGAUCAAGAACGCUCAGGCUCAAAGAGAUGCUGCUGCUGAGUACGCCCAAUUGCUUGCCCAGCGUCUCCACGAGCGUAAGGCUGAGAAGGCUGAAAUCAGAAAGAGAAGAGCUUCUUCGUUGAAGGCUUAA